AUGUCAGCUGCUAAGGUGCCAAAUGAAUCGAAGGAUGCGACGGCAGCAGCAGAUGAUGUCUGGGAUGACACGCUUUUGAUAAAAGCUUAUGAUGAUUCCGUUAAGUUGGCUCGGGAGGAAUUGGCGCGUCGCAUAUCACUAUCGACCAGUAAGAAAAGCGAUACCAACGACACCAGUGAGGGUAAAAAAUCCAAGUCCAGCGGUAGUGGUGCCGGUACUGCUGCCGGUGGCACUUUGGAAAAUAUUGCAUCUCAUGCUGAAUAUAAAGUUGGAGAUUAUGUUCGAGCCACCUAUGAGGAUGGCAUCGAUUAUGAGGCAAAAAUAAUGUCCAUCGAUAAGGAGGCGGGCACUUGUCUUCUAAAAUAUAUCGGCUAUGAUAAUGUCCAAGAGGUGGCAUUGUGUGAUCUUAUUGCUUCGUGGGGCAAGAAAUAUCGACGUUUACAAUUCGCCAAGGCUAAACUUGAAGCUGAGACAACAGCACCGGAUGAUGCUGUUAAUGUCACUUGUCCCAGUACCAGUGGCAAGACGGCAAAGAAAAUUAAAACAAAAUUAAGUAAAUCCACAAUGCCUCCCCCGCCUCCAAUACCACCUAUGUUGACUGCAUCUCAUAAUGCCGAAGAUUCGGAACAUUUAUCGGCAAUGUUAAUGUCAUGGUAUAUGAGUGGCUAUUAUACGGGUGUAUAUCAGGGUAUGCAAAUGGCAAAAUCGAAGACAAAGAAGUAAAUUUGUUUUA